AUGGGGAACAGCAUCGGGGGCAAGCGCAAGAGCGCCAAGGUGAUGCAGCUAGACGGCACCUCCUUCCGCGUCAAGCCCCCCGCGGCCGCGGCCGACGUGCUGCGGGACCACCCGGGCUUCCAGCUGCUCGAGUCCGAGGAGGUCAAGCUCCUGGGCGCCCGCGCGCGCCCGCUGGCACCCGACGCGCCGCUCCGCCGCGGCCGGCUCUACUUCCUCGUCGCGCUCCCGCGCCGCGCGCCCGCGGGGCCCAUGCGCCGCGCCUGGUCGGGCAACCUCAACGUCGGGGCCCGCGAGCGGCUCGAGUCGCUCAAGCUCGCGCGCCGCUCCACCUCCGACCUCUCCUCGCUCCCCGCCCACGCCUCCGCGUCGGCCCCCACCUCCCCGCUCCCCGGCGGCGCCACCUCCCCGCUCCCCGCCGCCGCCAGCGGCGGCGCCACGCCCGUGCGCCUCAAGAUCCGGCUCCCCAGGGCGCAGGUGGAGAAGCUCAUGGGGGAGAGCAAGGACCCCGCCGAGGCCGCCGCCAAGAUCAUGGAGCUCUGCGGCGCGCACGCCAGCGCCCGGGUCACCCCGGAGCGCCCGCCCGGGAUACUGCGGAGCCCAAGGUUCGCCAAGACGCCGGAGUGGGGCGCAGGGUUCAUGCUGCCGCCGCCGGCGCCGGCCAAGACGCCGCAGCGGUGGCCCACGCUGCCACGCACCAACGAGGUAAUUCGUCUGUAUCUAGAUUUAACCCCCAUCCCCACGUGCAUUGCAUUAUUGUUUGUUGAUUUGUUCCCAUAA